AAAAAAGAGCAGGGAAAAAUGGGCCAUUGGACCUCCGUUUCAAAAAGGAAAACCAUUCCCGAUCUCUUCAUAUAUCAACAUGAAUCGUCCCACCAGAGACAAAAUCUACUCACAAGCCAAAGGUUACGGAUUCACUCCUGCCCUUGAACGUACACGCAAGCCUUUCCAAGUGCGCAAUGUCCUUACAUUGGCCGGUCUUUUAACUUUCACCGGAGGUGUUUACGCCUACUCCUUGUUAGCCGUGAAGCAGGACGACUUUAGUGAUGUUCCCAUGCCCAACACCCUUCCUGGUGUCCAAGAUGUGACGAAAGAAAACCAGGCAUAAUUUUUUUGGCCCUUGCUUUGUUAUUUUAGUAACCCUGGGUAACCGUGCUCCAUCUUUUUUUUCUUGUAAAUAAAUGGCCUUUUGCCAAGUGCCAGAAAAGGCCUCUGGUAUUCAAACGUUGAUGAGGGAUGAUUU